CCAACUGUAAGCUUGCCAGUGCGAAUAUAGGUACUCUCAAAAUCAAAAAGUUGCUGCCACCCACACACUUCUCUCUCUCACACUAUUACACACACAUAAGCUCCAAAAAAAAUAAUUCUAGAAACCAUCCACAGUUCAAUAAAUAAAUAAAUAAAAAAACCUCCCCAAAUUAUCAUCUCACAAAUUUCCACUCACCCAAUAAUCAUUCCAAAUGGGUCCCUGUCCUUCCCAAUCGCUCCUCUUUCUCUCUCUAAUAACCCUCCUCUCUCUCCUCCGCUCCUCCUCCUCCGCCGACGACAUCUCGGCUCUGGUCUUCAAGGGCUGCGCCGACCAGAGCUUCCAGAACUUCAACGCCGUCUACAAGCAGACACUCGACACUCUCCUCGCCUCCCUGAUCUCCCAGUCCUCCGCCGCGAAGUUCCACAAAUCGACAGCCGGAGACGGAUCCCCCUCCGCCCUCAACGGACUCUUCCAAUGCCGAGGAGACCUCUCCCAGGGGAGCUGCCGCGGAUGCGUCGAGCGUGCCAGGGGCCUCGCGAGGAGGCUCUGCGGCGACGCGAUGGCGGCGCGGGUCCAGCUCAACGGAUGCUACCUCAGGUACGAGAUCUCGGGGUUCCGGCAGGUGAGCGGGACCGAGCUGCUGUACAAGGUUUGCGGAUCGAGCAAGCCGUCCGGUUCAGGGUUCGAGACCCUGCUCGACUCGGCUCUGGGGGAGGUGGUUAAGGGCGUGGCCAACGGCGGGUACUACGCGGGUGCGUAUCAGUCGGUGUAUGUGCUGGGUCAGUGCGAAGGUGAUUUGAGCGGCGGAGACUGCGCGGACUGUGUGAAAAGUGCGAUUGACAGGUCCAAUUCCGUCUGCGGUGGCUCGGUUUCGGCGCAGAUUUACCUUCAGGCGUGUUAUAUCAGCUACACCUAUUACCCCAGCGGCGUUCCCAACCGACAGCAGCCAUAUUCACCGUCAGGUGGAGGGGAAGGGUCUGCAGGGAGAAACACGCAGAAAACGGUAGCUCUUGUGCUCGGAGGACUGGUGGGUGUUGGCCUGGUAAUGGCUUGCUUGUUGUUCACAAGAUCAGCUUUCAAGAAAAAGCCUUAUGCUGGCAAGUAUGGUGGAUGAUAACACAGGGAAAAAUUGUCCAUGAUUGAGUCAAAUUUUUUGGCAGGGAAAAAUUGUCCGGGUGCCUUUCCACGGCGUGCAGUCAUGAGAUUUUGGUUGGCAUUAGAUGGUAUAACUAAUAUUUAUAUUUAAGUACAGAAGAAAAAAAAUUGAAUUGGGUAUGUAAAGGGGGGAAACACUUGCUUCUCUUUGUUACUAGCUGUAAAGUUUUUCUUCCUCUCCAAGUUUUGGCAAUGUAGUUCUUUUUCUUUUUCUCCUCUUUUCCUUUUGCGGAAUUAAAAUUUGAGGGUUGUCAAUUUCAGAGUAAAGUUGGUAGGCAUUAGUAUAAAAAGAUUGUUUCUUUAUGUAAGGUAAUGAACGUAAUAUAAAAAAUUGAGAAUGUGG